GCAGCGCUGGCUGCGGGCGGCGGCGCUGAGGGGAUGCGGCCGCGGGCGGCGGCCGCGCUGCUCUGCGCGCUGUGCUGCGCCCUGGCGCGGGGCUCCGAGGACAUCGUCGUGGGCUGCGGCGGCUUCGUCAAGUCCGACGUGGAGAUCAACUACUCGCUGAUCGAGAUUAAGUUAUAUACAAAACAUGGCACUCUGAAAUACCAGACAGACUGUGCUCCGAACAAUGGGUAUUUCAUGAUUCCUCUCUAUGACAAGGGGGAUUUCAUUCUUAAAAUUGAGCCUCCCCUAGGGUGGAGUUUUGAACCAACCAGUGUAGACAUCCAUGUGGAUGGCAUUAAUGACAUUUGCACAAAGGGAGGUGAUAUCAACUUUGUUUUCACAGGAUUUUCUGUGAAUGGAAAGGUUCUCAGCAAAGGUCAGACAUUAGGUCCUGCUGGAGUUCAGGUUGUACUGAGAAAUGCUGGCAGUGACAUGAACAUACAAGCAACUAUUACACAACCUGGAGGAAAGUUUGCUUUCUUUAAAGUGCUUCCUGGCGAAUAUGAAAUCUUUGCAUCGCAUCCUACCUGGAUGUUGAAAGAGUCAAAGACAGUGGUGCGGGUGACAAGUUCCAAUGCUUAUGCUGCCAGUCCCCUGAUUGUUGCAGGCUACAAUGUCUCUGGGUCUGUGAGGAGUGAUGGAGAGCCCAUGAAAGGGGUCAUGUUUCUCCUUUUCUCUUCCUCAGUCUCUAAAGAGGAUGUGGUGGGCUGCAGUAUUUCUCCUGUGGAUGGCUUCCAAUCAAGAGAUGAGUCCUUAUCCUAUUUGUGCAAUGUUGUAUCAAAAGAAGAUGGAUCUUUCAGCUUUCUUUCUCUGCCAAGUGGGAAAUACACUGUGAUACCAUUCUACAGGGGAGAGAGAAUCACCUUUGAUGUUGCUCCAUCUAAAUUGGACUUCCUUGUAGAGCAUGACAGUUUACAGAUCGAGCCUGUUUUCCAUGUGAUGGGUUUCUCUGUCACAGGCAGGGUGUUGAAUGGUCCUGAAGGAGAAGGAGUUGCAGAUGCCACUGUUACUCUGAACAAUCAGAUUAAAGUGAAGACAAAAGCUGAUGGCUCUUUCCGCCUUGAGAACAUAACAACAGGUACAUACACAAUUCAUGCCAGGAAAGAACACCUGUUUUUUGAUACUAUUACUGUCAAGAUUGCACCAAAUACACCUCAGCUGGCAAACAUCAUUGCAACAGGGUUCAGUGUGUGUGGCCACAUCUCAGUUACUAGAUUCCCUGACACAGUCAAACAGAUCAGUAAAUACAAGGUAACCAUGAUACCUGAAGACAAAGACAAAGCAUCACUAGUUACAACAGAAACUGACUCUCAUGGAGCAUUUUGUUUCAAGGCAAAAUCGGGUUCAUACAAUAUUCAGGUAAUUAUUCCAGAGGCUGAGACCAGAGCAGGGUUGGCUUUGAAACCCAAAAUGUUCCCUGUCACUGUUACUGACAGACCAGUGAUGGAUGUGACCUUCUCUCAGUUUUUGGCAUCUGUCUCAGGGAAGAUCUCUUGUUUAGACGCGUGCGGUGACCUGAUGGUGGCGCUGCAGGCCGCGAGCCGCCAGGGGGAGAAGCGCAGCCUGCAGCUGGCCGGCAGCAGGGACUCGGUGCCCUUCACCUUCGAGGGCGUGCUCCCGGGCAGGUACAAAGUAAGCAUUGUACAUGAAGACUGGUGCUGGAAGAAUAAGUCCUUGGAAUUGGAAGUCUUGGAGGAAGAUGUGUCAGGAGUAGAAUUCAGGCAGACUGGAUAUAUGCUGAGGUGUUCUCUUUCUCAUGCAAUCACACUGGAGUUUUAUCAGGAUGGAAAUGGACCAGAGAAUGUUGGUGUUUAUAACCUCUCCAAAGGAGUUAAUAGAUUCUGUCUUUCAAAGCCAGGUGUGUAUGAGGUGACCCCGCGCUCCUGCCACCAGUUUGAGCACGAGUAUUACACCUACGACACGUCCUCUCCCAGUAUCCUGACGCUCACUGCAGUUCGCCACCAUGUCCUUGGCACAAUUGUAACUGAUAAACUGAUGGAUGUGACUGUUACCAUUAAGUCAUCCAUUGACAGUGAACCUGCCUUAGUUCUGGGGCCCCUGAAGUCUGUUCAGGAGCUCCGUCGGGAGCAGCAGCUGGCAGAAAUCGAGAGCCGCCGGCAGGAGAGAGAAAAGAAGGGGCAGGAGGAGGAAGGAACAAAGCCACCAGUGCAAGAAAUGGUGGAGGAGCUCCAAGGACCAUUCUUAUAUGAAUUUUCAUACUGGGCAAGGUCUGGAGAGAAAAUUACUGUAACACCAUCAUCAAAAGAGCUGCUCUUCUACCCACCUUAUGUGGAAGCAGUUGUUAGUGGAGAGAGUUGUCCUGGGAAGCUGAUAGAGAUUCAUGGAAAAGCAGGCUUAUUUCUGGAAGGGCAGAUUCAUCCUGAACUGGAAGGUGUUGAGAUUGUCAUUAGUGAGAAGGGAGCAACUUCUGCACUUAUCACGGUUUUCACUGAUGACAAAGGCACUUACAGUGUUGGGCCACUCCACAGUGACUUGGAAUACACAAUCACUGCUCAGAAGGAAGGUUUUGUUCUGACUGCCCUAGAAGGAACAGUUGGAGACUUCAAAGCUUUUGCUCUUGCUGGGGUGACAUUUGAGAUCAAAUCAGAGGAUGACCAGGCUCUUGCUGGAGUUCUUUUGUCUCUCAGUGGAGGGGUGUUUCGGUCCAACCUCCUCACACAGGAUGAUGGCAUGCUGACAUUUUCCAAUCUGAGCCCAGGGCAAUAUUACUUUAAACCCAUGAUGAAAGAAUUUCGGUUUGAGCCAUCAUCACAAAUGAUUGAAGUGCAGGAAGGACAAAAUCUCAAAAUCCAGAUAACUGGUUACAGAACAGCUUACAGCUGUUAUGGCACAGUUUCCUCUUUAAAUGGAGAGCCUGAGCAGGGAGUCUCGGUGGAAGCUGUGGGACAGAAGGAUUGCAGCAUCUAUGGAGAGGACACAAUAACUGAUGAAGAGGGCAAAUUCAGGCUCCGUGGCCUUCGGCCUGGCUGUGUGUAUCAUGUCCAACUCAAAGCUGAAGGCAAUGAUCACAUUGAAAGAGCUUUACCACAGCAUCGGGCAAUUGAGGUUGGGAACAGUGACAUUGAUGAUGUUAAUAUUAUAGCGUUCCGGCAAAUUAAUCAAUUUGAUUUAAGUGGAAAUGUAAUUACAGCUUCUGAAUAUCUCUCUACAUUAUGUGUCAAGCUGUACAAAAGUGAAAAUCUUGACAACCCAAUUCAUACAGUCAACUUAGGCCUAUCCCUGUUUUUUCAUUUCCCACCACUACUCCGAGAUGGAGAGAAUUACGUGGUGCUCCUGGAUUCUACAUUGUCCAAAUCACAGUAUGACUACAGCCUGCCUCAAGUUUCUUUCACUGCCAUUGGAUAUCAUAAACACAUUACACUGGUCUUCAGUCCCACUAGAAAGCUGCCUGAGCAAGACAUUGCCCAAGGGUCUUACAUCGCGUUACCACUGACGCUGCUCCUGCUGCUGGCCGGUUACAACCACGACAAGCUGAUCCCCUUACUGCUGCAGCUGACAGCUCGGCUGCAAGGGGUCCGUGCUCUGGGGCAGGCAGGCUCUGACGCUGGGGGCUCAGAGGAUGCCAAGAGACAAACGAAGAAACAGAAGACGAGACGGACGUGAGCUGAGAGGAAGGAAUGGGGGAAUUGGUGCUCUGUCAAACUGGAGCCUGAGGAGGCAAAGCCACUAAAGCACAUUUUUAUUCAAUUUGCAGACUUGACAUUUUUUGUUUUUGCUACAUGAGCACCAUUUGUCACAUUAGCUCCAUUUUGGUUGUAAAUUUUCUAUGGAGUCUAUAGAUUUCCCUCUUGUAAAGUGAUUAAAUGAAUGCCUCUACUGUCACUGUGAGUGCAUCUCUCAUACUUGAAGACAAUUAAUGCCUUUUAUUUUUCUUUUCAUUGGAACAGGUCAUGCUGUCCUUAUUGAUGAUUUAUAAAAGCAGUGGUAAUAGAUAAUACUUGAUUUCAGUUUCAGUCUUUAGAUUCUGGAAUGAUUUUUCCUUACCUUUUGAAAUACUCACUUUAAGAAGCAGCACACAGGAAUUCUACUAAAUCAGUGUUGCUUGAAACAGAAUUUUAGGGGACAUAGCUGGACUGGUGAAUUAUGUCAUUGUCACUUCCAGCUCAGCAGCUUGAUUGAAGAGUCUGUCUGAUUUCAGUUCUUGUCCAGUGAUUGUUAUCUUUGAUUAAGUUUUUGCCCAAUGAAGACAAAUUCUCGAUGUCAAGUAAGGUUAGUUGUGAAUAUCAGGUAAGUUCUGAUGUUCCUACUGCAAAAGCAGUGUUUCAGUUUUAGUUUCCUGUCCAGUGUGAUAUCUUUAGACCUCCAGUAUUCCUGAGGUGGCUCUAGCUGGCUGCACUAUUGCCAAAGCUGCACUACUCUUUCCAAAGCUGUACUGUGUACCAUUCCCCCUUGGUGGUCACAUCUCCUGCUCAGGCCAUCCUCAGCCUUUUUCCCAAGUAAUGAUUGACUUUUUUUUUUUACCUUUUGGGUUUUUUAACUGUAAGGUAUGUGAGUUUUUUUUUAAAAUCUCCAAUGUGUACAGUCCCAAUAAUGUAGUCUGUAAUAAAUAACCUGUUCCUUACAGGUUCUCUUUUGAUUCCUGCUUCAAGUAGGUAGUUGGACAUACACAGUUUAAAUGUUAAUGGGGCUUUUUAUUGACAAAUAGUAUAAAGGUUAACAGAGCAUUUGAAGAUGCACAUAAAUGCUUACAAAUACUGCAAAUACAUUGGUACUGCCAGUAAGUGGCAAUGUUUCUCUUUUACAGUACUUGAAAUAAAAGUCCUCUUACAUUUAAAUGUUUAAGCUUACAAACCCUACCAUUCUUAGAAAUUUGGAUGCUGAAGGUUUUACCCUGUUCUUUUUUUUUGCACUUCGUAAGAGUUUGGGCCUAAAUAAUUAAAACUUCACUUGGUGAUGAUUCUAGCUUUCUGAGGGAAAUUUUGUCAGGACCAUAACAAGAAUGUAGAAUGUUGAAAAAGCAUUAUGUAUAGAGCUUGAGAUGAAGCUCUAAUAAAUUAUCAUGCUCUACUUAAAGACUUUGAAUUUCAUAUUGCUUUUCCUCAUGUAUUUCAUUGAAAUACAUGAGGAAAAGACAAGGUGUUCUAAGACUUAUGAAAAAUUGUACAUUUUCAGUACAUUUUUAUUUUGAGCUGGAAUGUUAAGAAAGUUACUGCUACUUUGGGGAAUGUAUGAGGAAGAAAUGCACAUAUCCAUGUGCCUCAAAGGAGUUUCAGGUAUUCUGAUCUCUGUACUGUGAGACUGACUGAUGGUUGAAUUUAAACAUUGGAACUGCUGUUAAUAAAAAGAAAAAAAUGACAAUUCUUGCUA